AUGACCCCGCGUGGACCCCCAAGACGGAUUGGUAAAAGAUUCACGGCACCGAGAGAGGACCGGGACGCCAAAUGUCGCCAGAGUUCCGACUGCUUCAUGUGUUGGAACUCCUGUGGCAUCCUGCGACACCAGAUGGACGCCUGGACUACGAUGUGCAAAGAUCACACCGUCUGUUUCCCAGGAUGUCAGAUCGCCUGUGGCUUCUACUUGGACGGUCCACCCAACAAAAGGGGCGUUCCGUUGCCUCCCUCGGACACGCCCCCCGUGCCCCUCCCCGCCUAUUUGCCAGCUCCGAGAGUCAGUGGGCGGAGCCAGGUUACGUGGGCGGCUCCUGAUUGGUCCGGGAGCGGCGCCCCCACCCCCGGAGAUGACGUCAUCUACGUCCUGUUGAAGGACAGUGGCAACGGAUGGCGGGAAAUUUUGCAGACGUCGGCGAGACAGGCCACCCUGCCACAGGAGCCGGAGUCCCCGAGGGCGAGGCUGAGGCUCCUGGCCGUGACGCAGGCGGGGCUCGUGGCGGCGUCGGACGGGCAGGUCGAGGCGGCGAGUCAGAGGAGGAGAGGACAGCCACAGAACUAUGAUGUGGAAGCCUUCCAUGCGGAGCCUCCCUUGGCACUACCUAACAGGGACAUCGUUGGCCACAGUGGUUCACCUCAUGACGUCGGCUAUGAGGCAGCCCCGGAAACCAAGCAUGAAUUCCUCUCCGAUUCCUCCACGGCGUAUUCGCACGAGUAUCCGAACCAGGCGACGGAAAUCGUUUCGCUGGAUCCUACAUGGACUAUUGAAGUUAUUGGAGUCCAUCUGGGUCCCUUGGCCGAGGUCUCUGUAGGAUGGAGUCCACGGGGUUCAGGGGGCGUUGAGUACCUUGUGUCUUGGGUCGAGGAGUCUGGCUCGGUCUCAGGUCACCUUCUCACGGACCAGGUCAUGAGCGAACUCUCUCUGUGGCCGGGGCAGGCAUAUUAUAUUCAGGUAGAGUUGAUUGACAGCCAAGGAAACCCAGUUCUAAGAAGUCUCGCUACACCAGUAAGGUUUGCCAAGACUUCGACCGAGGCAGAUGAAGAACAUACAGAGACAAUUGCUGAGGCAGAACGCCCUUAUUUGCCCACGACAGACGUGACCAUGUUGACCCACACCGCUCCCGCUGAAGUUCGAGUUUGGGAACCUUCUACGGAAGAAACAGAUCGACUCACCGCUACUGCUGGACUUCGAACUCGAAGUUCUACAGAAAGCACAGACUGGGUCACUGACAUGAAUGCAGAUCCUACAGAUGUUCAGCAUGUUCAGGACACGAAACUCAUACACCGGCAUGUAGAAUUACUUAAUAAUCAUCAAAACGUGUCCUCAGAGGAGAAAGAUGAGUACAUAAGCCAGAUCCUGCAAGAGAGGACCUACGAAAUCGUGAAUACGCGCACGAGCACCGACUUCGCCCAACGGGAGGAGGAUCUUUUACCCGAAGUCUCGGCCAAGGAGAUUCAGACCGAUGCCGCCACCGACCGCGUAUCGGAAAUCCUGAUCUGGUGCGCCGGGGUGGGCAUCGGCAUGCUGCUCGUCCUCACCCUGUGCAGCAUGGUCAUCUGGCUCCUGGGUAGAUGUCGUCGAGGAGGCCCUAGGAACGAAGAAUGCCUCGAGGAAGGACUCAGCAGUCUGAGGAGCUCCUUCAGGACGGGCGGUGCCAAGCAGAACCAAAGAAAUCCAACGACGUCAUGGACAUUCGAGAACUUUUGCUCCACGGAGAGAAAGCCGAACUUGGUCAACGCCAGAAAGGAGGCCGUGCCGUCCGGAAUAGACAAUGCUUCUCUAGUUGAAAAUUAUGUCAUAAUGCUAGAGUCGCCUGCGAGUGGGAGUGAAGCAGAUCACUAGUCACUGUUUGCGUUCGUACCCUUGUUAAACUAUAAAUAUGUAUAUGUGUAUGUAUUUAGAAAUAUGAUGGCUGCAUAUGGUACCUGCUUUACAGACUUGAAAUGUCUUCCAUCCCUAAAUAGUAUAUUUGUUAUUUUUAUGCCUAUGAGCCAUGAAUUGCAUUCAGCGCAUUUCAUGUAUUAUAAUAGAAAGCAGAUACGGUAUCAAUAGUGAAAGUUUACCCCCAUUUUUUAUACAAUCGCCACUGCCACAGGACAUGAAUUGGAGGUCUCAACGCAAUAUUAAAGGAUAGUAUUUUUUGUGAUGUUAAAUUCUUAUUUGAUAUGAUUUUAUAUAUUUUACAAUAUUAUUUGAUAACUAUAUCUCAAAAAGGACUAAUAUAUGAAUUGAGGAAACUGCUAUGGAAAAAAAAUCUAGCAACUACAGUCAAGGCCAUAAGUCACCAAGCCCAGUUAGCUUUCAUUGCAACUUUUUUUCUUAUCCAGCAAUAUGGGGAGUCUUGGCUAAUGUCGUAUUUCACACAAGAAUAUAAGUUAUCACAAAAUUUUUAAGCAAUAUCUAAUAGCAAAUGACAGCUGGAAGUUAUGAGUAUUUUUGUAUUUAAGGCAAUUUUGAUUAUGGAAAGACAUUUAAAGGUGAUGAGUUGUCUUAACUAAAUUUUAAGUCGUAGAUUUAAAAAAUCAGUUCUUGCAUUAUUAACACUAAUUGUAAUUACUUGAACAGAAUUGAAAUAUGAUUACAAGACUUCAUUUAUGUGAUUUUCGUCGCGACGUAUAAAUAAGUCAUUUUCUUUACCAAAGACUUUGUAUUUAAAUAUGUAUAUAUUAUGUUUAAGUAUGCUGUAUUCUGUAAAGUUAUAUCAAAUUAAUAUGUUUGGCUUACCAUGUUCUUUUAAAUAUGAAGCUUAAUUUGAGCUGCUUAUUUUCAGUAACUUUUAAAACUCGAUAUAUGCCAGUUACAUUUCAGUAAUAUGCUAUUCACAGAAAACGUAGUUGUUUACACAUCAACUUAGUUAUUCCUAAUGUUAAACUGCUAUCAUAAAGGACACAAGAAGUGUAACACCCCUAUUAUAUAAUUUAGCCUAUAAUAGGUACUCGAAUGCAAUGAAGAGGCCAUUUCUUAUAUACAUGGGCUGUGAAUGCAUUUUAUUAUAAGCCCAAAACAGAUAUUUACAGUUCAGUUCCUUAUGAGGUUCAGACACAAGGACGAAAAUUAAUAUUAUAAGUUUCUAUAACGCUCAGUUCUCUUUUUUAUUAGAACAUGAAUGAUUUCCUGACUGAUUCACCCUUAAAAUCAUCAAUCCUAGAGAGAGAAUAACUUACUCAUGUCAGUGAUACAAUCUAAGACCACUAGCAAACACUGAAAAAAAUAUGUAUUUAUAUUCUUCCUUGAGUCAUUCCUGUGCUUGCCUUGGUCUCAGGGCCUUGUGUACAUAUCUUAUUAAAAAGUUGAUUUGAUAGUUUACUGUUGUUGUCAUGUAUAUAAAUAAACAUAUUUUCAAAUGUUGCCUAAAA